CCGAGUCUAAUCUUCCUUUUAACAUAAUAUUUACAGGUUAUAAUGACUGGCGAGAAUUCUGUGGCUUACCGAAGCUGGAAACUCAAGAUGACCUACAUACAGUAAUAGCCAAUAACAAUGUCACCAAAAAAAUCAUGGAAUUAUACCAUAAUCCUAGCAAUAUUGAUGUUUGGCUUGGUGGCCUGGUAGAAGACUUUCUUCCAGGUGCUAGAACGGGUCCCUUGUUUGCGUGUAUAAUUGGAAAGCAAAUGAAAGCAUUAAGGGAUGGUGACCGAUUUUGGUGGGAAAAUGAUAAUAUUUUCACAGAAGAUCAAAAGCAUGAACUCAAAAAACACUCAUUGUCCCGCGUGAUUUGUGACAAUACAGGAAUUUCUGAAGUACCAACAGAUGCCUUUCAACUUGGAAAGUUUCCACAGGAUUUUAAGCAUUGUGACAAUAUACCUGGGAUGGAUUUAGGAGUUUGGAAAGAAGUGUAUCAGGAAGAGGAAAUAUGUGGAACACCAAAGACUGUAGAAAAUGGUGAUUUUGUAUACUGCUCAGAAUUUGGAAAAUCUACAGUGACUUAUUUAUGUAAAUAUGGAUUUCAAUUACAAGGAGAAGAGCAAUUAACCUGCACAAGUAAAGGAUGGAACUUUGAGGCUCCUGUUUGUAUAGACAUCAAUGAAUGUGAAAAUGAAAUUAAUCCACCAUGCUCCUCUUCUGCUAAAUGCAUUAACACUAAAGGCAGCUACAAAUGUCUCAGUACCGAUCCUUACAAGCUGACAGAAGAUAGAAAAACAUGCAUUG